AGCAUCAUGUACAGUCUGAGUUAAGAAAACAUGGGCGUGUUAGCAUCUUGAUCAAUUGUUGUUCUCAAGCACUGUUCAUAUAUUUUCAGAUUUUAAAAACUUUGAAGUUGAUAAAUGCUGUGAAACGGGAUUUGCAAAAAAAUGGCUCUUAAGGCGGAUGUAUCACUACUGAGUAGCCAAAGCGACAGUGGAGUAUCCCGAGUCGUCAGAGUGCCGCGCCCCGCGGCUACCAUCGGGCAGCACGCGGUGACCUCGCGACCUCCAAACCGUCUCUCUCCGAGAGUAAUGAUCGGUGUCGAGUUGAACAUCCUGAAGUCUCCGAGUGGCUCGAGCAGCGCAGGCUCCUCUCGGCACGUGUCCCCUGUGCUGCCGAGGUCGGGGGUCAGCAGCUCUAGGGUAUCCACGCAGGGGUCGGACCGCUCCGUGUCCCCGCCGCCUAUCAGCUCGGGUAGCAGGUCCGGGAAAGUGUCGUCUCGAAUCGAGAAUCAACUGGAAGCAUAUUUGUUAUGGAUAAACUCACAACUUAAAAAGAAACCCGGUGCUAGACUGGUUGAGGAUUUGAGGAAUGAUGCCAGAGAUGGUGUUGCAUUUGUUGACUUGAUCAGCGUGAUAGCGGGAGAGACAAUUGCUGGGGUACAUGAUGUUCCAUCAACUUAUGCAGAAAUGAAGGAAAAUGUUGAAAGAAUUUUACAGUUUAUGUCAUCAAAGAAGAUUCGCAUGCAUCACAUCAUGGCAAAAGACAUAGUAGAUGGCAAUCUGAAGUCAAUCAUGCGUCUAAUCCUGGCUCUGGCAGCCCACUACAAGCCCAAGAGCGUGAAGCAGUCUUCUCAGGGCUCCAGUAGGGGAUCCAGUAGAGCAGACAAACGCAGCCCCAAUGUCAGCUCCAUCGCACAGGGAGCAGCGGCAGCGUUGACAGCAGCCAGAAGGCAUGUGGCCAAGGCUGGAAACAGCUUCAGAAGAAAAGGGCACGAUUACCAUCACAGUCGCAGACACUACCACAACGAGAGCAGUUCAGACCAGUACAGUGACUCUGACACCAGUUUCCAUGCGGACCACCCACGUAUCGUACCCGGGCGUGAGAGGGGGGACGUGGACGGGGCCAGCGCAGGCAGCAGUCCCAACUCCAGCACGGUACACAGCCCGCCCACCAUGCUGGUGUCCUCAACAUCGUCUAUGGGUCAUGAGGAUACCAUGUCUAGUCUGGAGGUCACCAUGUCUUCUGUGUCCAAGAGCAAAUCGGCCGACUAUAUUGGAUACAAGGACAGCGGUACAGAGCUAGAGGACAGUGUGUUCACACCCGCUAGGGAGCCCAUGGUCUACAAGACCCAGUAUGAUGACUUGAUGGGGGAAUAUCUCAAGCUUGCAGAGGCCAUGACAUAUAUCAAGAAAGACCUUGGCAUGUUGCAGGACCUGCUGUUGAGUGGACAGCCCCCUGAUGGUGCAGAGUCCGGCUUUAAGGAUGUGAUAGAGGGAACCACACCUGAGGAGCAGAUUGUUGUAUUGCGUAGUCAGCUGCAGCAGUCACAUGAGGUCUGCUCUAGUUUGAGGGAGGAACUCUCCAGAAAUAAGCUGGAAAUGAUGCAGAUUCAAGGAAUCAAGGCAGGUCUUCAACAGAGGAUAUCAGACCAGGAGAAUAACAUUGCCACGUUGAAGUCUGAGUUGCUGCGCAGAGAUUUCCAGAAGCAGAACUUUGAUUCAGAACAGGCAAACUUUUUAAAACAGCUUCAAGACAAGGAUAAACUUGUAACAGAUUUAAAAAAAGAUAUUGCAAGGCGAGAUCAGAGAAUUGACCACUUGCAACACGAGCUUCAGAUGCAGGUUUCUGAGAAGGAGAAUGCGACAAGGUCCUUGAAACUGCAGGUUAAAGAACUCAGUGAUAGAUUUCGUGUCGUCGAUGAAACUGGUGCCUCAUUGCGAGCCAGACUGGCGUCACAGGAUGAACAGAUGGCCCGCCUUGCGGGUAGAAUCCUGCAUACCAAGCCAGAUAAAAAUGAACUCAUACGACCGCCACCUACGGGUGCAGACAAGCUGGGAGUGCUCCAGGAGUCCCUGUCUAGCCUGCGCAGGUGUUUCAGCCCCACAGACCCCCAGCAGCACACUCUAGACACCAUAGAGCAAGGUAUCUCCACACUCGUAGAAAGGCUACCACUGAACACCUCGGGGGGCAGCAGUGGUGGAAAUUCGAGCCUUGGUGAGCCGCAUGUGUCUCGGAAGUUGAAUUUUGAUGGCACAGGUGAUGUACGCAGGUCGCCAAUCACCGCUAUUCCAGGUAGUAGGCAAUCAAGUGAGUGCUGUGUAACCCACGGUUUUCACCCUAACAAGCUGGGCAGUCCUCCAUUGAGCACCACUAGCACCAAGGUACUUUACUUCAAAGACAACUCCACCACUCCUUCCAUGCUGACAAUCAAUAAAAGAUUAGGGGAAAUAACUUUACAUGAUUUCAAAGGGGCAUUUGAGCGACCAAACCAGUAUAGAUUUCACUUCAAGGCUUUGGAUCCAGAGUUUGGCACAGUCAAAGAAGAGAUAUCCAACGAGGAUGCCAUAAUCCCAGGCUGGGAGGGUAAGAUAGUGGCGUGGGUAGAGCCUGACACUGUAACUUAGAAGUCCAACAUCCAUAGGCGUCCCGGCAGCAUUUAUUAUGUACGAUACUGUACCAUGGUUCAGUAAUUUAUUUGUGUACGACGGUCACCUAUGUCAUCUGGAGGACAAGAUACUAGACACACAGUGGAAUAUAAAGCAGGCCAAAGACAUGUUAAUCAUAUAUUCAUUAGGUACCCGAGUGCAUUGGUGCAUGUGCUUGUAUUAUUGUGGCCUACAUGCAAUUGUCACAUUGUCUGGUUGGCUGACAUCAAAUAAUGUUGUGUUAUGGCUUAGGUAUACAAUCAGUUGAUUCUUAGAUCAAACAACAUCCAAUUAUAUUGUUCAUCUGUGCUCUAUUUUAGGCAAAACUAUAGUAUAGUGAAUCAUUUACACUUUUGAAGAACUAUAGUUAAGUGGAUGUUGAUGAUAAUGAGAUAUUAAGUGGCCUGUCUUUCAGAAAUGAAUGGCUUAAAAUGUCAUUUCUUAAUGACAUUUUUACUUUCUUAAAAUUGAGGUGACCUGACUUUAUCUUGUACUCCCAAUCGUUGGUCAUGCCAGGUUAUAUAACUGCCAUAUUGUUAAGUUUUGAUAUUACUGUUGUUUUGCCAUGUUCACUAGCCUAUAGUUAGCAUUACAACAUAGAUAUUGUAGUGCUGCUAUCAAAACUUUGUUUAUUCAAGCAUUUGCUUGAAUAGGGCCUUUUUUAUUUCUUCUUAAGAUUUUCAGGCAGGUUCCAAUUUUGAAGUACAAUAAGUCCUUCCCAGUCAAAUUCUACAUCAUUUGAUGUGGCAUGUUUUUUUAAAAGUUUUUUUAAUAGAACAAUGCUACAUGUCUUUAAACAAAUGAACAUUCCAAAUCAUUUCAGUAUUGCACAUGCAUUCCUACAAUAUAUUUUUCAUGUAAUAUUCUUAUUAUUUGAUAAGGUUUCCCAACUUACCAAUUAACAAAUGUUUAUGGUUUGUAUUUGUUACAUUUAUAAAAGAUUAUACCAAUAAUGACCUCAAUGUCAACUACGGCUUCAUGUCUCCAUGAUUUGUUUAUUUUUUCGUGUAAUGCUUUUUUUUUUGGAGUGUGAAUAUGCAUUGUUCAUUAAACAUGGAGGUAGUUAAGGGGUUUAAUAGACAGCUCAACAUUUAGUAAGUCUGCAAUAACUUUAUUUUGUUUGUUAUAUGAGUUCCUUAUUUUCUUAUAGGUUAAAGGCUAUGGUAGUGUUUGCUAAAAUGACACAAUUUGUUUUUGACCUACUUUUGAUUGUUUUCACUGUAAUAUUGCUGAUAAGCUGUUAAUCCUGUAUGUUAUGUACGCAUGCAUGAUUUCAGCGUUACAAAUGCGUUAUACUGAUUUGGUUCUACUUUAUGCCAGUUUACAAGUUACAGUGUAUAUCACAGAUACUGAUGGUUCCAUGUUUGAAUAGCAGAUAUGUUUUUUUAUGCAUUUAUGAACAUGAUGAUGCUACUUAUAUUUUUUUUUCUGAGCACAAUGUGCUUAUGGGGAGCUUUUGUGAUCGCCUUUUGCCUAUGGUGCGUCUUGCCUUGUGGGGUGCCAACAUUUGCCUUGUAAACACUCUAAAGGCCACAUUUAUUGUCCGAUCUUUAUAAAAUUUGGUCAGAAGAUUUGUGCAAAUGACAUCUUUGACGAGUUCGAAAUGGUUCCGGAUUGUUUGAAAAACAUUGCUGGCAUGGGAUGGUGAAUUUUUCCUUAUAUUGCUAUAUAUGGCUAUAGUUAAAAAAAUUUAACACUAUAGAAGCCAAUUUUAUUGUCCGAUUAUCAUGAAACUUGAUCCGAAGAUUUUUCCAAACGAAAUCUUGGACUAGUUUAAAAAUUGUUCAGUUGGUUAGUUGGUUGAAAAACAUUUCCACCAGGGGGUGGGGAAUUUUUCCUUACAUGGCUAUAUUUGGCUAUAGUAAAAACUUGAUAACACUUAAAAAGUCACAUUUAUAGUCUAAUCUUCAUAAAAUUUGGUCAGAACAUAUAUUGGAUAAGAUGGUUCUGGUCUGUUGAAAAACAUGGCCACCAGGGGGCGGGGCCUUUUUUCCUUAUUUCAGUCUGAUCAUCAUGAAACUUGGUCAGAAGAUUUUUCCAAAUUAUAUCUUGGACCAGUUCGAUAAUAGUUUCAGUUGCUUGAAAACAUGACCGCCAGGGGCGGAGCAUUUUUCCUAAUAUGGCUAUAUAUGGCUAAAGUAAAACCUUGUUAACACUAUAAAAGUCACAUUUAUUAUCCAAUCUUCAUGAAACUUGGUCAGAACAUGAAAAUUGGUCAGAAUAUUUGUUUUAAUGAUAUCUUGAAUGAGUUCGAAAAUAGUUUCGGUCUGUUGAAAAACAUGGCCACCAGGUGGCAGGGAAGUUAUCCUUAUAUGAUUAUGAAACCUUGUUAGCACUCUAUAAGUAACAUUUAUAGUUCACUAUUUAUAAAACUUGGUCAGAACAUUUGUUCUAAUGAUAUCUUGGGCUGCACAGAACAGGUAAGUUCCUUUGUAUCUCAGGUGAGCGAAUUUGGGCCCUCCGGCCCUCUUGUAAUGUUAUGUUAAUGAUAUUUGUUGGUCAUUUUAUUUGUAAUGCCGAUGUUUUUUCGAUUUAUUGUGUACUUAAUUUUUAUGUUUAGUAUUGAAGGAAAUCAUUAUCAAUUAUUUACAAUACAAUUUAAACAUGACUUAAAUCUAUACAUCUCUCCUUUGCUUUCCAAAGCUUGUUGAAUAAGCUAAGCAUCUUUGUCUUUUACCAGUUUAUUUUUUUCACAUUUUUUUGCAUGCUAUAUUGCAUUGACAAAUGAUUUUGUGUAAAAAAUGUAUAUUGUUUUUUUAGCUCACCUGAUUGCUCAGGUGAGCUUUUGUGACUGGUCUUUGUCCGUCGUAUGUCCGUCCGUCCGUUAACAUUUGCUCGUAAACACUCUAGAGGCCACAUUUCUUGUCCCAUCUUCAUGAAACUUGAUCAGAAGCUUUGUCCAAAUGAAAUCUCGAAUGAAAUCUCGGCCGAGUUCGAAACUGGGUUGUGCCGGGUCAAAAAAAAGGUCACUAGGUCAAAAAAAAGAAAAACCUUGUAAACACUGUAGAAGUCACAUUUCAUGCCCAAUCUUGUGUAACUUUGUCAAAAUGUUUGUGUUAAUGAUAUCUUGGUUGAGUUCAAAAGUGGUUCUGAUCAGUUGAAAAACAUGGCCGCCAGUGGGCGGGGCAGUUUUCCUUAUUUGGCUAUAGAGAAACCUUGUAAACACUCUAGAAGUCACAAUUUUUGCCCGAUCAUCAUGAAAGUUGGUCAAAACAUUGGUUCAAUUGAUGUCUCGGACGAGUUCAAAAAUGGGCGAGAUCGGUGAAAAAACAUGGCCGCCAGUGGGCUGGGCAUUUUUCUCUAUAUGUAUAUAGUGGCAGUUUUCCCUAUUUGGCUAUAGAGAAACCUUGUAAACUCUCUAGUUUGUCAAAACAUUGGUUUUAUUGAUAUCUCGGAUGAGUUUGAAAAUGGUCGGGAUCAGUGAAAAAACAUGGCCGCCAGUGGGCGGGGUAUUUUUCUCCAUAUCUAUAUAGUGAAAACAUGUGAACACAGUAGAAGUCACAUUUUUGGCCCAAUUUUCAUAAAAUUUGCUCAGAACAUUUGUUUCCUUGAUAUGAGAUUUGAGUUAAAAAAUGGUUCCGGUCAGUUGAAUAACAUGUCUGCUGGGAGGGGGGAAGUUUUCUCAUUAUGCCCCCCCCCCCUUUCGAAGAAGAGAGGGUAUAUUGUUAUGCUCAUGUCGGUCCGUCCGUCCACCAGAUGGUUUCCGGAUGAUAAAUCAAGAGCACUUAUGCCAAGGAUCAUGAAACUUCAUAGGUACAUUGAUCAUGACUCGCAGAUGACCCCUAUUGAUUUUCAGGUCACUAGGUCAAAGGUUAAGGUCACGGUGACCCAAAGCAGUAAAAUGGUUUCCGGAUGAUAGCUCAAGAACGCUUAUGCCUAGGAUCAUGAAACUGCAUAGAUACAUUGAUCAUGACUCACAGAUAACCCCUAUACAUUUUCAGGUCACUAGGUCAAAAGGUCAAUGUCACGAUGACCCGCAAUAGUAAAAUGGUUUCCGGAUGAUAACUAAAGAACACUUAUGCCUAGGAUCAUGAAACUUCAUAGAUACAUUGAUCAUGACUGGCAGAUGACCCCUAUUGAUUUUCAGGUCACUAGGUCAAAGGUUAAGGUCACGGUGACCCAAAGCAGUAAAAUGGUUUCCGGAUGAUAGCUCAAGAACGCUUAUGCCUAGGAUCAUGAAACUGCAUAGAUACAUUGAUCAUGACUCGCAGAUAACCCCUAUUGAUUUUCAGGUCACUAGGUCAAAGGUCAAGGUCAUGAUGACCCGAAAUAGUAAAAUGGUUUCUGGAUGAUAACUCAAGAACGCUUAGACCUAGAAUCAUGAAACUGCAUAGGUAUAUUGAUCACAACUCGUAGAUGACCCCUAUUGAUUUUCAGGUCACUAGGUCAAAGGUCAAGGUCAUGAUGACCCGAAAUAGUAAAAUGGUUUCUGGAUAAUAACUCAAGAAAGCUUAGGCCUAGGAUCUAGAAACUUCAUAGGUACAUUGAUCAUGACUCGUAGAUGACCGCUAUUGAUUUUCAGGUCAAAGGUCAAGGUCAUGGUGACCCAAAAUAGUAAAAUGGUUUCCAGAUGAUAACUCAAGAAUGCUUAUGCCUAGGAUCAUGAAACUUCAUAGGUACAUUGAUCAUGACUCGAAGAUGACCCCUAUCGAUUUUCAGGUCACUAGGUCAAAGGUCAAGGUCACGGUAAACUGAAAUAGUAAAAUGGUUUCUGGAUGAUAACUCAAAAACGCUUAUGCCUAGGUUCAUGAAACUUCAUAGGUAUAUUGAUCAUGACUCGCAGAUGGCCCCUAUUUAUUAUCAGGUCACUAGGUCAAAGGUCAAGGUCACAGUGCCAAAAAACAAAUUCACACAAUGGCUGUCAAAGUCACGGUGACUCAACUUAGAAAAAUGGUUUCCGGAUGAUUACUCAAGAAUGCUUACCCCUAGGAUUAUGAAACUUCAUAGGUAUAUUGAUCAUGACUCGCAGAUGAAAUAAUGAUGAAACUUGACCAGGAUGUUUUGUGGACAAUAUCUAGGUCAAGUUUGAAUUUGGUAAAAAUUGAAUGAACCGACUCCUCUCCGGUGAGCGAACUAGGGCCAUCUUGGCCCUCUUGUUUUAAGACAUUUCUCUGUUAGAUGUUGUGCCUGAUUGUUUUGUUAACUUACUAAAAAGCACAAAACAUGUGCAACAGAUAUUCACAUGGUGGUCCUGUUAGGAUGUGUUAGCUCUCUUGAGCAUGAAGUGCUCAUGUUGAGCUAUUGUGGUAGGUGGCCCUUUAGUGUAGUCAGUCAUCAGUCUUAAGUCAUCAGCUCUUUGCUUCAAACAACAUCUGAACAGCUAGGCAGAUUUUCAUGAACUUCACAUUUAAAGGACUUCUGAGUGGUGCGGGGUUGAGAAGUUGAAAAUUGAAUUUAUAUUUUGGUAUUUACAAUCACAAUUUGGUCCUCUACGAAGAUUGUUCAAUUCUGGUUUCGAAACUGGCCAUUACACAGGUGAGCAAUCUACUGCCAUCUUGGCUCUCUUGUUUCAAUGAAUGCGGGUAAUCUAGCUUGCUAGUUUAUUUAUUGCCUUGUAGUUAUUUAUUGGUUUUGUUUAGGGUAGAACAUUUAUCCAAGAUGCAUUGCUUUAUUUCAAUUGUUAAAUAUGUUAAUCAUAUAUGGUUAAUUGUUAAGAUUUUCAGUGGUAAAUUGAUAAUCAGUCGGAUGUAAAGAAAUGCUCCUGCACUCAAAUGGUGGUAUUCAACUAGAUUUACAGGUAUUAGUAAAUGAUAUGAGCUACAUUAUGGCACAAAGGGCUUUAUGCAGGUGCAUAUAGUGUUGUCCCAGGUUAUACUGUGCAGUCUGCAAAGGCUAAUCAGUGAUGACACCUUCUGCCUAAACUGGAUUGUGGCUAAGAAGAGACUUCCUUCAAAGGGAAAAUACCAUACAAGCAGAGAGUUUCCUCUCUGAUUAGCCUGUGUGAACUGCACACUAACCUGGGACAAUGCUUUACCCACCUGCAUUCAGCUCAGUACUCCCUGAGGUAGGCUCAUAUUUAUGAAAAAUAGUGGAAGGUCAUGUAUUAUGAAUCUCAAAUAUAAUUGGUUGAUUUUUUGUCCAACAUCCAGCGAAAAUGAUGGUUUCUUUCAUCUAUUUUCUAUUAGUAACCAUUCACAUUCUCAGGUAUUUUGUUUCCAUUCCAACAGUAUGUGUUAAGUAAUAUUCGUAUUUUUGCAAUGGGGCAUGUGAUAGUGUGUUGUGUAUUUGAGCAAAUGAAUGAAUAUUUUUUCAAUACUAAGAAAUUUUUGGAUUUUAACAUCUCUUUUUAGUUUUGAUUGAUACUAAUUAAACAUCAAUGAUGUGAAAUUAUAUCCAAUAACAAAAAUUAAGCAAAAUUGUGUUUAUGCAUGUACAAAUUAGUAUGUAUACUUGUAAUAAGUAUACAGUGUCCUUGCAAAUUGAUGUGUCAGUGACUCCUCUCUGAAGGCAGCUUCUGUUUGAUGUGAGUUAGCAAUCAUACAUAGGGAUGAGGUCUAUCAACCCUUUACCACUUAGAUACGUAUUUUGAUGCAUUUGUAGUCCCUUAGAAAGUUACAUUUAAUUAAAGACCUUUUUUACUAAAUACUAGUUUUAAAGGCUUCAUUUCCAAUCCUUAGUUACUGAUGAGCAGCAAACAGCAUAAAACCUGAACAGACUGAGUUACUCGCAAGCUGUUCUGAUUUUAUUUUAUUUGAUUUUAUGUUGUUUGCACAGAGCUUCUUAUGGGGGAAAGGGUUAAAAUAGCUUUAAUGAUUGACAGUCUUCCAGGAUUUUGGAUCUUCCUCAAGGGAGAUUACUCACAUAUUGUUCCUGUUGAAAUGUAAUCACAAUUUUGUAUCAAAAUAUCUGCACAAAUUUUCUUUGUGAGCUGGAAGUUUUAAACAUACAUUUUAAUAACAUAAAAAACUUGCACAAAGUAUUAUCAUAUCAAGUUUUUUUAUUGUGCAAAAAAAUCUAAAGAUCAAGGUCACAGCGGACGCUUGAAGUUAUUCAUAUUUCUUACAUACAGAUAUAGUGAAGUAGAUGUUUGAGUGAGGCUCAAUGGGAUUCCAGAAUAAAUUGACAAAAAAUUAGUGUCGUAUCAAGACAACAUGUAACAUUUAUAAAUUUUGCUCAAUUUAGGUCAAGGUUAUAUUUUUUUAUAGGCAUCAUGUGUUACAACAAUUAGAAAGGUACCACUCAUGUUUAAAGCUACUUCAUUAUUAUGUUGCACCGUUUACUUUUGCUCAAUUUAAGGUCAAUGUUCCAUUUAAAUUAUAGGCUAUAUGUUUUACAGCAGUUUGAAAGGUAUAACUCAUGUUUAAAGCUACUACUGUAUUUGGAAUGUUGCACCAUUUAUUUGGAUAGUUUCUGUGGUGUUUUCAUGUAAUGUCUGUAAGGCGACUUGUGUCCAGUGAUUUCAGUAAGGGCAUCAGUGAGGUUUGGCUACAUUUUAAGUUCAGAAAAGAUUUAUAAAUAUUAAAGAAUGCCAAAACUAAAUUGUGAAAAUGUAUUUGCUGUAAUUAAUUGCUCGUCUAGUUUUAUUGUCAAUUGUUGCAUGCUAUAGUGCUGAUAGCUUAGUAGAUUUACAAUUGAAUUAUGGUCAUUCUCCGCUAGUUACUUUGCACAUGCACCAUGAUUCAGUUACAAGCAAUAACAGUUUACAUAUUUGGUAUGAAAUUAGGUUUUUAUUAACUAUUAUACAUGUAUAUUGUAUGUACUUACUUGCUACUUAAGAUCUGGUUUCUGUAGUUACUUAUACCAGUACUAGAUUGAGUUUUACUAAUGACACAAUCUUACACAAAAGAAACUUGCGCGUCUCUAUUUUUCAGAGAAUAAUGUUUAUUAUUGUAUUCUAUUUGCUUGUGUAUUUAAUCACCAAUAUUUGGUCUCUAUUCCAUCCUAAUCUCCUAUCCAUAUAUUCUGUCUCUAGAUAUAUAUUUGUGUCAUGGUCACUAUUUAUUUCUAGUCAAAACAUGUGUAUAUUUUCAUGUUCAUCCCAUCAAAAUAAUGUGUGAUAAUUUUACAUUCUUUACAGUUUUGAUCGUCUUUGGUCCACUUUAUGUUAUAUGUUUAGGAAUUAUAACUUACCAAUUUAUAAAGUAAAUAUGUAAUCAUAUGUAAUGGUUUGUUUUGUAAUAAAUGCAAAAUUGUUGCUUGGUAUAUGUUUGGUAUAUUCUUGCAUUUGCUUAUAUGCGUUUUCUUUUACAAUUUGUUUUUGGGGUACACUAGGGUAAAUGUACUGUAGAUGUAUUAAAAGACUUGAGCUGUGAUCUUGGAAAAGUGGACAUAAUAAAUAUGUGUCUAGACCUUUCUUACUAGAAUCAAGUUUUUCAGGCUUCAUCUCCAAACCUUAGAUACUUAUGAGCAGCAAACAGCAUAAAACUGAACAGACUACGAGUUACUUGCAGGCUGUUCUGGUUUUAUGCUGUUUGCACAUAACCAUUUUCACUUUUCUUUUGAGUGUGAAAGGGUUAAUUUAAUUAUGUCAAUGUCAGGUGAAUUGUGCACAAAGAUGCAGUUUAUUCUGCAGGCUAAAAAACAACUGAGUGUGUGCUAAAAUAAAAAUAGAUUAAAGCUUCAGUUUAUACCAUGAGUUCCAUUGGGCUGUUGUGUAAAGGAUAAAAAAUGUUUUGUGGCAGUCACCCAAAUCUGUCGGUGUUAUUGUAGCAACCUUCAGGUACAUUUUGGUGUCUUCACUUUCAUUUUAUGAUUGUCAGUUUGACAUGUAGAACAAAGUGCAAUUACAGGUACAUGUAUUUGUAUUUAUGUAUGUUUGUAUUUUAUCAUUUGGACUUGUACUACGUAUUUAAUCUUAUGUAGUAAUUAUAACCACCAGUCCAUAGUAAAGGGGGUAUACUGAAAUAACUGUCUGUUAGACAGUCUGUCUGUCGGCCCAUGGACCAAAAUUUGUGUGGAGGCUUUCUCCUUCACUUUCCACGUACAACAUACUGUUGGAUUGUUUUGUGGUUCUCUACAAACCUUGUAAAAAAAGUCCUAGGGUCAAUUAUAUAUUUUUUUAAAGCUUUUUUUCUAAUUAAGUAAUACAUUUGGCAUUAAGGGGUAUUCAUAGCUACUGUGACAAAUUCUAGUUUCAUUUAGACCGACCAAUAGAAUAACUUGUAGAUGCGCAAAUGUAUAGAUAUGCACAAUAAAAAUCUGUUUACAUCAUACGUCAUAAAACAGGCAUACUUUAACUAAAUUGUGAGCAUUUUUAAACAAACACUUAAAUAUAUGGUUUUAAUACAAAUAACAGAAUGGUAAAAAAUAUGUAUGCUUAUUUUUUGCUGGUUACUGUUUUUCCCAUGUUUUGGCUUACUGAAGAUCAAAUGUGUAAUAAUACAGAGACGAUAAAGUAUGAUUGAUCUAUAUUUCAGUCACUAUGAUCAUUAUCCAACUUUAGCUGGUGCUUUAAAUGUCUCUGAAUCUCAUUUUAUAUCUUGUUGUAAAUGACCAAAUUUAGUAUAUGAUAAUUAUUAAAAAUGGUUUUGUCAUAUUUUGGGGAUAUUUUUCUAGGGCCUUAUCAGUGUCACUUUUUUAACUUAAAGGGAUACAUUUAUCUUUCCUAAGGUGAGAACUGUAUUAAAAUGUUUGUCAAAUACGUAUGAUGUCUUUAUACAGGUAAAUUUUAAGCUGUAAAUAUUGCUGACACAUUUUGUGUAGAUCGUCUCUGUGAAAGUGAUCCAUUAAUCUUGUGAUGCUGCUGUCUUAUUAGCAAGGUUUUGCCAGUAUUGCACUUACAUGUUAUACAUUUUUUUAUUUCAUAUUCUGUUUGCUUGAAGUUGUAAAGAUGGAACUAUUGCUGGUUAAACAAUAAAUAAGGAAACACUA